GCCUGCGCCCUUCCUGUGGCGCCGCUGUCCGCCGCAGCCCUUGACCUUUCCCGCCGCGACGCGCGCGACCCGCCAAGAUGCUGUCCGGCAUACUCAUCUUCAACCAGAAGGGCGAGAACCUGAUCUUCAGGGCGUUCCGCAACGACUGCCGCCCGCGACUCGCCGAUGUCUUCCGCAUCCAGGUCAUCAGCAACGCCCAGGUCCGGUCGCCCAUCCUCACCCUCGGCAGCACCACCUUCAGCCAUGUCAAGCACGAGAACAUCUACCUGGUCGCCAUCACCAAGAGCAACGCCAAUGCCGCCCUCGUCUUCGAGUUUCUGUACCGACUGAUCCAGCUCGGCCGCAGCUACUUUGGCAAGUUCGACGAGGAAGCCGUUAAGAACAACUUCGUCCUUGUAUAUGAGCUCCUGGACGAGAUCAUUGAUUUCGGCUACCCCCAAAACACCGAGACGGAUACGCUGAAGAUGUACAUCACGACCGAGGGCGUCAAGUCGGAGCGUGCCGUCGAGGACUCGGCCAAGAUCACGAUGCAGGCAACGGGGGCGCUGUCCUGGCGCAAGGCCGACGUCAAGUACCGCAAGAACGAGGCCUUCGUCGACGUCAUCGAGGAUGUGAACCUGCUCAUGAGCGCGACCGGCGCCGUGCUGCGCGCCGACGUCACGGGCCAGAUCAUCAUGCGCGCCUACCUCAGCGGCACGCCCGAGUGCAAGUUCGGCCUGAACGACCGCCUGCUGCUCGACAACGACGGCCUGCUGAGCCUCCCGAGCGGCAACAGGAUGGGGAGCAAGGCGACCAAGGCCGCCGCCGGAAGCGUGACCCUCGAGGACUGCCAGUUCCACCAGUGCGUGAAGCUGGGCAAGUUCGACAGCGACCGCAUCAUCAGCUUCAUCCCGCCGGACGGGGAGUUCGAGCUGAUGCGCUACCGCGCCACCGAGAACGUCAACCUGCCCUUCAAGGUCCACGCCAUCGUCAACGAGGUCGGCAAGACGAAGGUCGAGUACAGCAUCGGCGUGCGGGCGAACUUCGGAUCCAAGCUCUUCGCCACCAACGUCGUCGUCCGCAUCCCCACGCCGCUCAACACUGCUAGGAUCACGGAGCGGUGCACCCAGGGGAAGGCCAAGUACGAGCCGUCCGAGAACAACAUCGUCUGGAAGAUUGGCCGCUUCACCGGCCAGAGCGAGUUCGUCCUGACUGCCGAGGCCGAGUUGACGAGCAUGACCAACCAGAAGGCCUGGAGCCGCCCGCCGCUGAGCAUGAACUUCAGCCUCUUGAUGUUCACAAGCUCCGGCCUCCUGGUUAGAUACCUGAAAGUGUUCGAAAAGAGCAAUUACUCGAGUGUAAAGUGGGUGCGGUACAUGACUAGAGCCGGAAGUUACGAGAUCAGAUUCUGAUCUGAGAUCUCCUUGCAAUUUUCCCCCUUUCUUUCGGAAAUCUACCUACGUCUUAGAGCAGUGCAUAGCAUCGGCGUUGGGGCGUUUUGGCUCUUGUUGGAAGUACAAGGGAACCCCACCUCCCUGAGGCGCCUGCGCCCGCGGACGGU